CAAGAUUCACCCUUGUUUAAACCAGUGAGUGUCGCUGGACGCUAGCCUUAGGAUAAAUUUCGUACUGAUUGUUAUACCGUUUUGUCAGUAUUGAUAUAGUGAACAGUAUCAGACGAGAGGCACAGCUUCCCAGAAGGUUGUUUACCCUGCAAGAGAAACGCCGUCUGCCACUCCUGCAGUAGUAUCAAAAGGCGCAAUGAGUUCAGUAAAAAAUCUUGUUACGUUCCCAGCGCUAAGUGAAGUCACAGAUGCAGCGGUCCGGUCUCCGAUGGAGCGAGAUACACAAAAGGCAAGCGAUGGCGACGAAUCACACGGGAACGGCAUCGAAGCAUUCAAUCUGCUGAAGACUCUCGGUAAGGGCAGUUACGGCACUGUAUAUCUCGCUGAGAAGAAGAAGAACAAGGACCAAGUGUACGCUAUCAAGGUGCUGCAGAAGGAUACGGCUAUCCAGAAGAACAUUGUAAGCAGAACCAUCAGUGAGAAGAAAGUUCUGGCUAUUGCGGGUCGCCAUAUGUUUUGUGCGAAAAUGUUUGAGUGUUUUCAAACUGCCAGCAGGCUUUUCUUCGUUAUGGAGUAUAUCGGCGGCGGAGAUCUAUGGUUUCACUCGGGAAAAGAAAGAAGUCGCCGUUUUGGUGAGUCCACAACUCGCUUCUACUCCGCUCAGAUAGCGUGCGCCCUACUUCAUCUGCACCGUUCAGGAAUCAUUCACCGUGACCUGAAACUUGAAAACGUCAUGCUGAGCAGUGAUGGACAUAUCAAAAUAACAGACUUCGGUGGGAGCAAAGUAACCCUGGGAGCCACAACAUCAACAUUCGUCGGCACGACUGAAUAUAUGGCCCCGGAAAUGGUCAGAAGGACAGCUUACAACGCGUCUGUUGACUGGUGGGCUCUUGGCGUUCUGAUGUUUGAGAUGAUGUUUGGCUGUGUGCCCUUUAGAGGCGCAACAACAGAGGUGAUAUUCCGAAACAUUAAAGCCCAGCCGGUGAUAUUCCCAGACACCAACUGCAGUAAACAUUGCGAAAGCGUGUUGCUGAGUUUGAUGCACAAAACUGUUAAGCAGCGUCUGGGAUGCACGGCUGGGUCGCAGGUACAAACGCAUCCGUUUUUCGAGUCAAUACGGUGGGAGGCGCUAGAAAGGGGCGACAUCAAUCCGCCCUUUAUCCCACCGUUUGACUCGAAGACGGACACAUCAAACUUUGACACGGAAUUUACGGACGAGGUCGCCGUUCUCGAGCCCAUUGACGAAAGGAUUGUGGCCCGGAUCGACCAGUCUAAAUUCCGAGACUUUGCAUUUAGCAUUACAUUCCCUGGAGCCAAAUUAGGUUAG